UCACCAUUGCACCCAUGCGAAGUUAGGGAAGGUCGCUAGCGCUAGUAAUUAAUGUAAUUAAUUAUCGUGGUGUUAUUACCGCUUUCUCUUUAAAUUAAUAUUAAUUAAUCUUUUAGUAAUUAACAAUAAUUUCUGUUAGUUAUUUUGUUAUUAACAUUUUACGAUAAAUGACUUUUCACAUCUCUGUGUUGUCGUGAUUAUAAUAGCGUCCAUUGUUUACACUUUCCCUGAAUUUUCGUUCGGUUUUUCUUGACAGUUGUAAACGUGAUGACGUCAUAACGCAAGCUAACGUACUAUUUGUAAACAUCGCGCAAAAGGGAAAGUUAUUAUUAUUGAACAUUCGUUUUAUGUAAAAUGGAUUUCGUAAAUGAACCACAAAGCGAUAAAACUUCAUAUUUACUGUCGGCGCACUAUAAAACGUAGAUUUCAAAAUGAAAAAAAACAACACGAAGCACAAAUGCGUAGCCUGCAAAAAACAGUUCCACUACAACUGCUUACUCAAAUACCACAUACGGAGAGAACAUUUCAACCUGAAGGGCUACCGACCGUACUAUGAAACGCAAAACAUUAACCAGAUCUGGUUCGAAAAAGUCCUAAACACUGACUUCUUGGCAAAGAUGACAAAAAUAUCCAACAAUGAGAUCGCUGUACAGAAAUUGAACGAAGGAACUACUAUUAAACCUACAGAGAUGGUGUGUGAAGAGAUAGAUCUUCACUUCUUGUAUCCGACAAACCGCUCACAGCCUUUAAAGUGUAGUUUGUGCUCCGAGACUUAUGCUAGGGAGAAGUUUAAGAAGCAUUUCAUGGAGAGCCACGGUCUGAUGCUGAAGAAGUCCUGUGAUAAGUGUAAACAGAAGUUUGUAAGUCCUACGGGUGUUGUCGAUCAUAUCUGUCCGGAGUCUGCGGUUGAGUAAGUUUAGGCUUUAGUUUGUUGUAUGUAGGUUUUAUAAUAUUUUUAUUGUAAGUUAGUUGUAUGCUAAGAGGUAUGAAGGAAGGGAUUAAUAUCAUGUGAUUUUAAUAUUUUUAGUGUCAGAGUCAGGUAUAGACGACAAACAAAAAUAACUGUCAAUUUUUUAAGUCACAUAUCAAACUGCAUAAUAAGCCAAUCUACCACUGUCACCGUUAGCCGACAAGACAAAAUUUUUAAGUACGCAUCUGUAUGUAACCAGUAUAAACUGACCGUUGAACGUUUGGAAAGAUCAUACAAAGCGAGACCAUGGUAAACUGGCCGCGUGUUCAUUUUGGUUUGUCGUCUAUAUCCGACAAAGAUGUUUAAAAUAUUAAAUGUAGAAUGAUGGAAAUGUAACCAAAGAGAGUGGAAGAAGUGUGAGAAAUGAUAUAAAAGAGAAAAGAGUAUCGUAUGCAUCGCACGCAACGGAUUUUAGUUUGUCUUGUAUAGAAACUCAUACAACUGCGUCCACUGAUCCGCAUCGUACGGACCGCAUCAUCGGCAAUGCGUACCGAUGACGUCAUACGGAAUGCGUACGAUGCAUGCGAUGUGGGCUUGUGGACGCUUACCUUUAUAGAGUAGAAUGGAAGAAGACAGAUUAUGCCGACCACCAAGUAACUUGGGACAAGGGCAGGAAAUUUUAUAGUUUUAGUGACUUUGACUCAUAAUUAUGGUAUUUAUUAUUAGCUUAUAAGGUCUGAAAUAUUUAUAAUUAUCCUACUAUGGUGCAGGAUGCCUUAAUGUUUGAUUAGAGGGCAAAAAAAUAUUGAAUUUACUGAAAGUAUGUAAUAGUAAUAAGUGUAUGAGAACAGUAGACUGUUCCCUUAGUAUGAGUUUGCUUUAAGUACGGUCUGAUUGGUUGGUUUAUUCGCACUGGCCAAUCAGAGCGCCGAACGCGCUCUCGCUUCGAUUACUUUAAACGUAAAGCAAAUUCGUAAUAAGCGUAGGUACUGCUAAGUAAGUAUACAGCUAAGAAAAUAAAGAUUGAUUAUACUAAAUAACUUAGCAGACUGUACUAUGACAUUUUUUAACAUAUCUAAAGAAAAAGAGGUUGUUGGUACUAUAAGUACAGUGUGUUGGAUAGACUGGGAAUAAAAAUCGUGAUAAAUAAUAUA